UCCCCUUCGUUACCAUGUCAGAGAUACAGUCUCCUCUCCAGAUCCCUCUGAAGCAUCUUCUGCUUCUCAUUCUCUGCCUGAUUCCUGAUUCCAGUGGUCAGGACAUGGUCAGCUAUGGUUACAUUGGCGAGAGAACAGACAUCUCCUGUCAAUAUCCGCCCAAGUUGGCAUCCAAAACCAAAGACUUCUGUAAAGUCUGUGAGCGUGGGCUCUGUAACGUCAUCGCCACCGGGCCGGGCCAGCGCUUUGGUUUCCAAGACAACAGGUCAGACAAGCUCGCCACCCUGACCCUGAGGCGAGUGGCAGACGGGGACAGUGGCGUUUACAAGUGCGGUUUCUCCACGGAUGGAGACCGAGUCGACAUUAAGACAAUACAGUUUUGGGAACUGUCAAAUAUUGGUUAUGAAGGCGGAGAGGUUACGUUCAGGUGCACGUACGCCCAGGGUUUUCAGACAAAGGCCAAAUACUUCUACAAAAAGGACACUGCAUCCCCGAACACCCUCAUUGAGACCAAGGCAGGUCAAACCAGCCAGGUGGACGGGCGUGUCUCGCUUCAAGACCACACCAACGCCCCGGUCUUCACUGUCACCCUGCAGGAACUGACCGCACAGGACUCUGGGAAGUACAGCUGCGGAAUGAUAAGAGGUCAAAAUGAACCUGAUCAUCUCUCUGAACGCAGGCUGGCUGUUAAAAGCGUGACCACUGUAAGUGGACACUUGGGGGGCUUUCUGAAGAUUGCCUGCCCAUAUCAGAACGAGGAGGAAUCGAGAGGCACCAAGCGUUUCUGCAGAGGAAAAGAUCCGGUCAAGUGCCUGCAGGAAGGGUCAGUCGAUGGUGACCGAUUCACUUUGAAUGACAGCACUUCUGCUACUGAGGGAGUCUUCACUGUGACCAUCAAGGACCUGAGAGCAGAGGAUGCUGGGAUAUACUGGUGUGUGGAGUUUGGAGAGGCAGGACCUGAGUUCACUUCUGCUGUCGAUCUCGAAGUGUACACAAAAUGAUUGUUUUCCUAACGUUUCCAGUGAACGUUUCCUAACGAUGCCAACGCUUUUUCCUUUUGUUUACUUUCACAUUUUUUUGAAACAAUAGGAUGAGCAAAAUGUUUGUGGCACUUCAACUGCAAAUACAUUACUUAAAGUUUUUUUUGUAAAUGGUCAAUAAGAUAGAAUGUAAUACUAACAAUGGAUUUUUGUAGCCUGGGUGUUCCCAUGCUGCCUUGCGCGCGAUUUGAUUCACGCUGCUAAGGCAGCCUGGAGACCAUGGAGCAAAUUUUCGCCUGA